AUGCGUUUCGAUAUUGGGUGUUUGUACGAUAUUAAAAUUUUGCAGGUGGAGGCGAAAAAUCACACCAGAGCACUUCAAGAUUGGAUUGAUACCUACGAGAAGUUUGAUCUUCAGGAAUCAGAUCAAACAUUGAACAGAACUUCUGAGUCUGUUGAAUUUAAUAAAGUAAAAGAGCUUCCUAAAGUACGAAAGAAAAAAGUGAAAAAAAAUAAAAAGAAAUUAGGUAAGAAAAAAAUAGAGAAGAAGAAAGUAGAGAGGAAGAAAGUAGAGAAGAAGAAAGUAGAGAAGGACAAACGGUUACUGGUAAAGAAAAAGAGAUUCCCUAAAAUCAAGAAAAAGAACACGAAAAGAAAAAGAAAUAAAAAUGUAAAAAAGUUUGUAAAGACUCUUAGCGAUAGAAGUACGAGUAACGAUUCCAAUAUGUCUGCCUCCAACGUUAUUAACGUUGAUGAUACUCCAGUUGACAUUAUUGUUCAUAUUAAAAUGAGUGAUUAA